GGUUCUCUGAUUAGAAAAGGCUCCAGCUUUGUCACAUUCUCAGACCAUCCAUCACUGAGCAAUAUAAUCGCAGAGAGAGAGAGAGAGAGAGAGAAAGGAGUAGAAGAGUGAACCAUGGAAGUAGGGUUUUUGGGUUUGGGUAUCAUGGGAAAGGCCAUGUCAAUGAAUCUAUUGAAGAAUGGAUUCAAAGUGACUGUAUGGAACAGAACACUCUCCAAGUGUGAUGAACUUGUGGAACAUGGAGCUUCAGUAUGUGAGACUCCAGCUGAAGUGAUCAAGAAAUGCAAAUACACUAUCGCUAUGCUCUCUGAUCCUUCUGCUGCUCUUUCGGUUGUUUUCGACAAAGAUGGUGUUUUGGAGCAAAUCUGUGAAGGAAAAGGUUAUAUAGAUAUGUCAACAGUUGAUGCAGAGACUUCUUUAAAGAUCAAUGAGGCAAUCACCGGGAAGGGUGGUCGGUUUAUAGAAGGUCCGGUUUCAGGUAGCAAAAAGCCAGCUGAAGAUGGCCAACUCAUUAUCCUUGCUGCUGGUGACAAGGCGCUCUUCGAGGAAUCAAUCCCAGCUUUUGACGUCUUGGGGAAGAAGUCGUUUUUCCUGGGACAAGUUGGUAAUGGAGCUAAAAUGAAACUAAUAGUGAACAUGAUAAUGGGAAGCAUGAUGAACGCGUUCUCCGAGGGUCUUGUAUUGGCUGACAAGAGUGGACUUAGCUCUGACACUCUUCUGGAUAUCCUGGAUCUGGGAGCAAUGACCAACCCGAUGUUCAAGGGAAAAGGACCUUCCAUGAAUAAGAGCAGUUACCCACCAGCAUUUCCACUGAAACAUCAGCAGAAAGACAUGAGACUAGCUCUUGCCCUUGGUGAUGAAAAUGCUGUUUCCAUGCCUGUAGCCGCAGCUGCAAAUGAGGCUUUUAAGAAGGCGAGAAGCUUGGGACUGGGAGAUCUCGACUUCUCUGCUGUGAUCGAAGCUGUGAAAUUCUCCCGGGAAUAGCAAACUGUGAAAACAAAACAAAAGCCAGCCAGCCACUCAUUGGAAUUGCUGAGUUACUGAAAUGAUUGUUAUCUUCCCAAAUAGAGAUUUCUCAUUUGGCCAAAAACACAUUUUAAUCCUUCACAGAAUAAUGAAGUCUUAACCACAAUC